AUGUUAAAACAAGGUACAUCUGAAGAUUUUAUAAACGCAACUAAAUUAAAUUAUGAAGAAUGGGGUAGUGGAUUAACUAUGGACCAAUAUUUAGAAAGGGAAACUGUUUCAAAAAAAUAUGUAUCAGGACACAGACCUUGGAUUUUAGUGGAUAAAGAAAAUGAAAAUCAAGUUUUAGCAUCAUGUGAAACAUUUUCAAACGAAUCACUUUAUGCUUUUAAGGGCGAUACUAAAAUCUAUAGAGGUAUUUCAGAGUCUGUAGCUUCAGUUUUCAUUGAACAGAAAUACAGAGGCAAAGGUCUCUCAAGCCAAUUAAUGAAGCAACUCUAUUCAAGAUUCGAAAGUGAAGGUAGAAUUUUUUGUGAUCUUUAUAGUGAUGUAGAUCCAAAAGUAUAUUCAAAAUGUGGUUGGAAUUCAUAUCCUGCAACAUCUUUAAAAGUAGAUUUAUCAAAUACCGAAAAGAAUUCAAAGUUUAUCAAACAAGAUUACACUUUACAAGAAGCCAAUUCAAGAAAGAUAACUGAGGAGAAUAUUGGAAUGGUUUUAGAAAAAGAUAUCGAAACUACACAAAAGGAAUUAAUAGAAUUUGUAAAUAGUGAUAGAAAUACCAAUAGCUUUGCAUUCACAAAAUUAUUUACAACUACCGAAUUUUAUUGGGAAAUAUCUCAAUCUAAAGUUUAUGCAACUUCUUUAAACAUCAACACACCAACUACAUACGGUCAUGUUAUUUUCAAUACUAAAGAUGGAAGUGUUCAAAGUUAUAUUGUCUGGUCUCUCGAUUUUAGAGCAUCUGAACUCAAAGUUUUAAAAUUGGUUGCUCAAUCCGAAAUAGAAUUUAAAUUUUUAAUCAAAAAAGCUUAUGAACAAGCUUUAGAAUAUAACUUCAAAUAUAUCUAUUCUUGGUGGUGCGAAUCUACAAGCAAAUUUAACAAAGCUUUCGUCGAAUCCAUUGGUUAUGAAAUUAUAAUUAGAGACGGUUCAAUUCCUAUGGUUUGCUCUUGGAUCAAAGAUAAUAAUACAAAUCAAUUAUUAGACCAAUCAAAAGGUAUUUGGAUAAAUGUUGAAAAGUUUGGUUGGGUUUAA